CACCGGCCCUGGACUGUGGAGGAGCAUGGCCGAGGAAGCGCGGACAGCUGGGGUUGUUCAGAAAAUGGUAUCGGUGAUUGGGGUUCCCAGUCUGGCCAGCAAUGUGUGGAGCUAUGUGGACAACACAAUAAGGUGGGGCUGGAUUCCUGACUGGCUGCCGGCAUGGUGUCCCACCUCCCUGAGCCAUCUGCAGGCUGCAGAGGAAAACAUGCUGCAAUGUAUCAGGACUGCUUUCACCAGGCAGCUGAUCCCCAUCUCCGGGGGCAACGUUCUGUGGACCCUGAUAUUCAGCAGCGCUGGUGUAGAAGAUAAAACCCCCAUGGUCCUCCUACACGGCUUCGGAGGGGGCGUGGGUAUGUGGGCUCAUAACUUGGAGGCUUUCUCACGCCGCCGGCCCGUCUUUGCCCUGGACGUGCUGGGCUUCGGUCGGAGCAGCAGGCCGCCCUUCCCCACGGACGCCCAGGCAGCCGAGGAGCAGUUUGUGGAUUCUCUUGAGCAGUGGAGGAUUAAAGUGGGCCUGGAGUCCAUGAUACUGCUGGGACACAACCUGGGGGGCUACCUGGCCACGUCCUAUUCUAUUAGAUAUCCAGGCAGAGUGAAACACAUCAUCCUGGUGGAGCCCUGGGGUUUCCCUGAGGGUCCGGACACGGCUGAGGCGGACCGGCCCUCCCCGGUGUGGGUCAAGGCCCUGGGCGCUGCGUUCCGCCCCUUCAACCCGCUGGCCGGCCUGCGGCUGGCAGGACCGCUGGGUCCCACUCUGCUCCAGGCCCUGAGGCCUGAUUUCAAGAAGAAGUUCUCCUCCCUGUUCAAAGACAACACCGUAUCCGAGUACAUCUACCACCUCAACGUGCAGUGGCCCAGCGGCGAAGCGGCCUUUAAGAACAUGACCACGUCCUGCGGCUGGGCCAGGAGGCCGAUGCUGCAGAGGGUGGCCCAGCUGGAGCCCGCCGUCUCCAUCACCAUCAUCUACGGCUCUCGCUCCAGCCUCGACAGCAGGGCAGCCAAAACCAUCAAGGAGCUCAGGCCGCGCUCCAGUCUGGAGGUCAUCACCAUCUGCGGAGCGGGACACUACGUGUACGCCGACCAGCCCGAGGACUUCAACCUCAAGGUGGUGCUGGUGUGCAACAAGGUGGACGCCAAGCUGAGGUCGGCGUAGCUCACGGACACUUACACACCUGGCCGGCAUCUCUUCCUCCACCACA